CGGCAGGCAGGUUCGGGUCAAGAUAUUGAUAUACAGCACCGCAGAUUCUUUACAAAAGAUUAAUUACUAAUUAGAGACCAUAAACCCAUAAUUUGAUCAGCAAGAAACUCACUGACUCUCCGAUUGAAUGGCGAUAGAGAAUCUGCAGGCGGAGGACUCGAAGAACCGCCAACAAGGCUGUGCCGGCGUUGGCGGGGAAGGUCUUCGGCAGUACUAUCAGCAACGGAUACAGGAUCUUCAGCUCCAUGUGCGCCAGAAAACUCACGAUCUACAGCGCCUCGAAGCCCAGCGCAAUGACCUCAAUGGCCGAGUGAGGUCGUUGAAGGAAGAGCUUCAGCUCCUUCAGGAGCCUGGAUCAUAUGUUGGUGAAGUUGUUAAAGUUAUGGGGAAAUCGAAAGUCCUUGUCAAGGUCCAUCCUGAAGGGAAGUACGUGGUUGAUGUUGACAAAAAUAUUGAUAUAACUAAGAUUACACCCUCAACUAGGGUUGCGUUACGUAAUGAUAGCUAUGUUUUGCACUUGAUGUUGCCUAGUAAAGUUGAUCCCUUAGUGAACCUUAUGAAAGUUGAAAAAGUUCCAGACUCUACUUAUGAUAUGAUUGGUGGUCUGGAUCAGCAAAUUAAAGAGAUAAAGGAGGUCAUUGAACUUCCAAUUAAACAUCCUGAGCUGUUUGAGAGUCUUGGAAUAGCUCAACCAAAGGGAGUCUUGCUGUAUGGUCCUCCUGGUACUGGUAAAACACUGCUUGCGAGAGCAGUGGCUCAUCAUACUGACUGUACAUUUAUCCGGGUUUCGGGUUCUGAACUAGUUCAGAAGUACAUUGGAGAAGGCUCUAGGAUGGUUAGAGAACUCUUUGUGAUGGCCAGGGAGCAUGCUCCAUCAAUCAUUUUCAUGGAUGAAAUUGAUAGCAUAGGAUCUACUCGCAUGGAGUCCGGAAGUGGCAAUGGUGAUAGUGAGGUUCAGAGAACUAUGCUGGAGCUUCUCAAUCAGCUUGAUGGAUUUGAGGCAUCCAAUAAGAUCAAGGUAUUGAUGGCAACAAAUAGAAUUGACAUUCUGGACCAUGCUCUUCUUAGGCCUGGAAGGAUCGACAGGAAGAUUGAAUUUCCAAAUCCUAAUGAAGAGUCUCGCCAAGACAUCUUAAAGAUACACUCUAGGAAAAUGAAUUUGAUGCGAGGGAUUGAUCUGAAGAAAAUUGCUGAGAAAAUGAAUGGUGCAUCUGGAGCAGAACUUAAGGCUGUUUGCACUGAAGCAGGGAUGUUUGCUUUGAGAGAGAGAAGGGUUCAUGUCACUCAGGAGGACUUUGAGAUGGCUGUCGCAAAGGUGAUGAAGAAGGAAACAGAUAAAAAUAUGUCGUUGAGGAAGCUUUGGAAGUAGUUUACUUAUUCCUAUCGGCCACUGAUUUGGGUCUUGAAGAGACUGGAAUUGCACGAUAAAACAUACCGGAAUAUUUGUGCUGGACCUCGUGAGUCCCAUUUUGGUACUUCGAAUUGGUGGUAUUACUAUUAUUAGAUUGUUGUGACCAUGUUGUCCCUUAUUAUUUAGGGGAUAUUUAUGUUUUCAAUAUCAGUUCCCUGGUACUGAUUUCUGAUAUUAUUGCUAAGAGGUGUUGAAAGUAAAAAUUGAUUUUAAUGCUUUUUCCUACU